CCCCUGGGGCGGACGGGUGGCCCCGGGGGGGCCGGGGGCGGGGAGGCGGGCUGUCGGCACCGCCCGGGCCGACAAAAGUCCCUUCAGUUCAGCCGGCUGCAGGGGAAGUCCCGGCGCUCGGCGCAGCCACCCUCCCGUGCCGCCAACCCAGCCGCACUCCGGCCGCCCGCUCGGCCGCCGUCCCCGGCGGCCCCAUGCCCCGAUGCCCCGCGGGGACCAUGGACGAGGGGCCCGUGGACCUGCGUACCCGGCCCAAGGCCGCCGGACCCCCAGGCGCCGCGCUGCCGCUCCGCAAGCGCCCUCUGCGCGCGCCCUCCCCGGAGCCCGCCGCCCCCCGCGGCGCUGCGGGCCCCGUCGUCCCCCCGGAUCCCCUCCGCGGUGGCUCAGACACGCCAGCGGUGCCUGCGCCCCCCCACGGCCUGGCCCGGCCAGAAGCAAUUUACUACCAGGGACCUUUACUGUCCCUGUACUCCACCCCGACCCCCUUUCCUCUGCUGAACCUGCCUACACCCCUGUACCCCAUGAUGUGCUCCAUGGAACACCCCCUGUCGGCUGACAUCGCCAUGGCCACCCAUGCGGACGAGGACGGAGACACGCCACUCCAUAUUGCGGUGGUGCAGGGCAAUCUGCCAGCUGUGCAUCGGCUAGUCAACCUCUUCCAGCAUGGCGGCCGGGAGCUGGAUAUCUACAACAACCUCCGGCAGACACCGCUACACCUGGCUGUGAUCACCACUUUGCCGUCUGUGGUCCGGCUCCUGGUGAUGGCCGGUGCCAGCCCCAUGGCACUGGACCGCCACGGCCAGACGGCAGCCCACCUAGCUUGCGAGCACCGCAGCCCGGCCUGCCUGCGGGCCCUGCUGGACAGCGCGGCCGGGGGCACCAUGGACCUGGAGGCCCGCAAUUACGACGGGCUCACCGCCCUGCACGUGGCCGUGAACACCGAGUGCCAAGAAGCGGUGCUGCUCUUGCUGGAGCACGGCGCGGACAUCGACGCGGUGGACAUUAAGAGUGGCCGCUCCCCACUCAUCCACGCCGUGGAAAACAACAGCCUUAGCAUGGUGCAGCUGCUGCUACAGCACGGUGCCAACGUGAACGCGCAAAUGUACUCGGGCAGCUCGGCGCUGCACUCGGCGUCAGGCCGCGGGCUCCUCCCGCUCGUGCGCACGCUGGUCCGCAGCGGCGCAGACAGCGGCCUCAAGAACUGCCACAACGACACGCCGCUCAUGGUGGCCCGCAGCCGCCGGGUCAUCGACAUCCUGAGAGGGAAGGCCACACGGGCUGCUCCUGCAUGCCAGCCAGAACCCUCCCCUGACCGGAGUGCCACCACCUCCCCUGAGAGCAGCAGCCGCCUCAGCUCCAAUGGUCUUCUGUCAGCAUCACCACCCUCCUCGCCCUCCCAGUCUCCCCCCAAGGACCCCCCUGGAUUCCCCAUGGUUCCCCCCAGUUUUUUCCUUCCUGCCUCAUCUCCACCGACCUUCCUGCCCUAUGCCGGGGUCCUCCGAGCCCCUGGCCGGCCGGUGCCCCCCUCCCCAGCUCCAGGAGGUAGCUGAGAGGGAUGGGGGGGCAGAUCUCGGACUCAUGAGGAGGGACCUCGCUGCCCUACGGGGUCUCAGCCCUCCCGGAAACUGUGAAGAUCUCUCUCUGCCCCCCCCAAUCUUCUGGACCAGGAUUUGCACAGAGGCACAUAUAUUUACCUGUAACCGCCCCCCUCUUCUCAGCAUGGAUAUUCCCCCAACUCGUCCCCACCCCCAGCCCGGGACUCUUACCCUAUUAUUCUCAGGCACCAGUCUCCCAUCUGGAACUUCACCCAAUCGUUCAUUUCCUUCUCCUCUCCCAGAGCUGGUGGAACCAAGGAACAGCCCUCCCCUCUGGCCUUGACCCAGUUCAGUAAGGGGGGAGAGAUGGGCUGUAGCCAGGCACUGAUAUCAAUGUAAAUUAUUAGGCUUUUUGGUUGGAUUUCUUUUGUAAUAAACUAUU